GGCGGCGGCGGCGGCGGCGGGCCACCAUGUCGUCCGGUCAGGAAUCCAUUUUCUCCGAGUACGAGUCUGACACCAGCCAGACAUCGAAGCUCUUAAGAAAAUUUAAAGAGACACCAUUUGUACCCCUCGGGAUGGCUGGCUUCGCCACGGUGGUCGGCUACGGGCUGUACAGACUGAAGCACAGAGGCGACAUGAAAAUGUCUCUUCACCUGAUUCACAUGCGCGUGGCAGCCCAGGGCUUCGUCGUGGGAGCGAUGACGUGUGGUGUGCUGUAUUCAAUGUUUCGGGAGUACAUGGUGAAGCCCAAGGAGUAAUGGAAAGAUGACUGAAAUCUCUGUCCUGGUGGUGGCCUGUGUACUGCAGCUACAAACCUCAUAUCAAGGGGUUCUUGAGGAAAAAAAUAAUACAUGGUAUCAGAGAAUUGCCCUAUAUGUAUUUCGUGUAUGGUACACUGUCUUGAAGCUGGCAGCCUAAAUGAUUGCGCACUGGGGGAGUGGGUAUCGGGGUCUGGCUCUUUCUGAUUGACGCUACCAUAUCCCAGUUUUUAGGGGAUAUAGUAGAGUACAGUCCCUUUAUCUUCCCCUCGACUGUUGACUCGGUCCAAAAAUUGGUGACUUCUUUUGCUGCCAUUGCCUAAAACCACUAAGUCUGAACCAGCUUCCGUUAGGCCUCAGGCAGAGUGUGGAGGCCACAUCUGUAAGAUAGUGUUGUGAAUGCUUUGCUGUCAUUUUCUAUCCUGUAUAUUUGUCAGCCUCCAACUUUGUAAUUUAGAAGCUUCCAGUAGCACUAAAUGACUUCUAAAAUAGAGAGAGAUAUAAACGCCUAUUUUUUUUUAUUUAAGUCAUGAGAUAAAUAUUUGGUGUGUUGCAGCUAUUUAAAUGUUAUAUUUAUUCAUUGUUAAUGAAGACACAGGCUCCCUAUUUUUACUAUAGAUUUUCAGACUUUUGGAUUACUGUUUUGUAACUUUAUUUACAGUGUUCUUCUCAGUAACAUUUAAAUGUAACAUUUAAAAUACAUAUUGUGAAAACUAAACCUUGAUUUGGUGUUCUAAUGCUUUUAGUUACUAGCUCCGAUUUCUGCAGCGUCAUUCCCCACUGAAAUUUUAAAACAUUUAAAUCGGAAAGGCCCCAUCAUCUUCAACGUGUUAAAACCCUUCUCUGCAAAUUGCCGCUGUUAUUUUACUCUCGAACCCCUUGUAUCUCCAAUGGCAGUCACAAAAAUAAACGCAAUUUGUAAAAAC